UACGUGGACAGUGCAGCGGUGAAGAAUGUUCUCUGCAGACCUCAGAAGCCAUUUUGAGAUGAUGCCCAUGUUGAAAAUGCCAAGGAAGAUGCUGAUAUCAACGAAAAGGGUUACAAUUCUGUGCAUUUCUCCCUCGGUCUCCUCUGUUUCACCAUGGCAGCUGUCAACCGACGGGACAAUAGCAAAGCGGGGUAUCAAGCUGUGCUUGCUGAGUUAAAACGUCAUUGACAUGAAAGAGGACAAUGUCUGUUUAUUGUCUCUGUUGUCGAGACAUGUAACACCGUGAGUUUUUUCUCCAGUCUGCAAAUCUUCCAGCAUCUCUCACCACCACCCAACGUCUCCCUGAGUGAUUGUCAUUCACUCUGGUACCGGAGAAGGGAGGCAGAUCCGUUUCCAAUGGCUUCAGUGAGCCUUGUUUCCAGUCCCCAAACCCCCGUUCUUGACAAAAACAUGACUGACUCUGAGCUUGCAGGGGACGAAAGAGAGGACGGUGAACUUGAGGACGGGGAGAUAGACGAUGAAGGAAUUGGAAUCGAGGAGGAGAAGGAAACCAAGGAGGCCCCUGAGGAGAAGGACAAGGAGGUGAAGGAGAAAGACCCCAAGGAGAAGGAGCUGAAGGAGAAGGAGCGCGAGGACAAGGUCCACAGGCACUCCAGGAAACGGUACAAGAAGACCAGAGAGAAGCACAAGUCCAAGAGGAGGCGCCGCGACCGGCAGAAACACCACUCGCCCUCCAGUGCGUCCAGCUCCGACAGCUACGACUCUGACUACGACCGGCCUGAGAAGCCCAAGACCCGGAAGAGCCAAGGGUCCAACCAGGAGUCUAACGGCCAGUCCUCCCAGCGCGGUCGGGAGUCCAGGGGCGGGCUCCACGCCACCUCCCAGAGGAAGUCCCCGCAGGCGAAGGGCGCCGACCCGGACAACAAGUACAGCGACUUCGGCAACGAGAAGUACGACUACGAAGGAGAGGACGACGACUACGAGGACGACGGCUCCGAGUUCGGGCCGUCCAAGGAGUCCGGGGGCUUCGGGGGCGGGAGGGGACGGCCCGGCAAGGACCAGAUGAAGAGGGCCAACCAGAGGGGCCUGCAGAAGCAGCAGCAACAGUUCGGAGGUCCGAGGGGCCGGGGCAGGGGCAGCGCGCCGGGCAGAGGACGGGGGAUGCUGAAGAACAAGAAGCUCAAGGGCAAGGGCUGGGGGGGACGGGGGCGGGGCCAAGGAGGAGACCAGGGGAUGGAGGGCGGGCCACAGCAUCAACAGGACGGAAAGAACUGUUUUCAGAAGAAACGGCCGAUCAUGAGCAAGGAGUUCAUCAACCAACACACAGUGGAACACAACGGCAGAUACAUCUGCAAAUACUUCCUGGAGGGACGGUGCAUCAAGGGGGAACAGUGCAAGUUCGAACACGAACUUGUUGUGCCGGAUAAGAAAAAGGAACUCUGCAAAUUCUACCUUCAGGGUUACUGCAGCAAAGGAGAUAACUGUAUCUACAUGCACAGCGAAUAUCCUUGCAAGUUCUUCCACACGGGAGCCAAAUGUUACCAAGGAGACAACUGUAAAUUCUCCCACGACUCGUUGAACGACGUGACCAAAGAUUUGCUUGACAAGAUAAUCAGCACGGAGGAGGAGAACGCUCACGAGGACGAGAUCGAGCUGGAGAACCUGAGGAAGCAGGGCAUCGCCCCGCUGCCCAAACCCCCCCCCGGGGUGGGGCUUCUGCCCACGCCGGGCCAGGGCAGCCCCCAGGAGGCCGGGGCCUCCGGCCAGACCGGGAAGAAGAUCCCGUCCCUGUUUGAGAUCAAGGUUCAGCCCACGGUGGAGAUGGCGCAGAAGAUCGGCCUGAGCGGAUCCAAAUUCGACGAGUUUGACGAGGAGGGCUCGGACCAGUUCGGCGGGGAAUCCGAGGAGAUGGAGCAGGGCGGGGCCGCCGCCCCACCGGGCUCCGGCGCUCCGUCCGGCCCUCCGCCCGAAUCCCCGGGGCCCCCCAUGGCCCACCCCAACGUGGGGCCCCCGCCCGGACCCCUGAGCCCGCCGGGGCAGCAGCCCCCACCGCUGCACGGCUACUCCAUGCCGCCGCCGCCGUUCCCCCCCGGGGGGCCCCCGCCCUUCAUGGGCAGCCCGCCCCCCAUGAGCAUGGGGCCGCGGCCCCCCUUCCCCCCCAUGCCGGACCUGCAGAUGCUCCAGAGCCUGUUCCCCUUCCCCCCGCUGGGCCAGAACCCCGUCGAGCUCUUCAGCAAUUUCCUCCGAAGCCAGAGCAUGCCCCAAGGAGUGGACCCCAGCGUGAGCUUCCUACAGAACCUCCAGCAGCAGAUGGGGGCCGAGUCCCAGAUUCAGUCCUUGCCGCCCGCGGUGCAGAAAGCUCUCUUCUUGCACAUCACACAGCAGCAGCAGCAGCAGCAGCAGCAUCCACCAAAGCCCCCCCAACAGCAGGGGAUGGAGCCCCAGAGGGGAGACGCCCCGGAGGACAAAAGCUCCAUCAGAGAUGAAACCACCAACUGGUACUCGAGUGACGAAGAGGACGGCGGCUGCGUGUCGUCCAUCCUCAAGUCGCUGAAGAAGCAGAACGAGCUGCACCAGAGGCAGCAGAACCAGCUCGGACCCCCGCAGCCGCCGCCCCCCCAAACGGGAGACCCCCGGCUGCUGAAGGAGAGGGCCCCGCCCAGCGACCCCCGGGUCAAGACCGACCCCCGGCAGCGACACCCGGACCCCAAGAAGGACUCAGACGGCGCCUCGGACCCCCGGCUCGCCAGGGACCCCAGGAAGGUGAGACCCGCGGAGCCGCCCGGCGCCUACCGGCAGCAGAAGCACCCGCCCUCCUCCCACAAGCCCCCCGCCGGGGACGACGACGAGGAGGGCGAGAGGGAGCUGAGGGACAGGGCCACGCUCAUCCCCCUGGACCCAGGGCCCGGCCUGGCGCUGAGGGACCCCCGCAGCCAGCUGCAGGCGUUCAGCCACAUCCGCGUGGACGUCGUGCUGCAGAGGCCCGCCUUCGCCGACGCGGUGGUGUGGGGGCCCGAGGACCUGCUGCCGUCCCUGGUGCCCAAGCAGGAGCACUCUAUCAACCUGCCCCUGCCGCCCCUCAUCGCCGAGGCCCAGAAGGACCGCGCCAACCGGCUGGAGCCCCCGCCCAGCCACGCGCCCCCCGCCAUCGACCCCCGGGCGGUGGCGGCCCGCCUCAAAGAGGGCGUGGUCCGCAUGCCGCCCUCCCGGAACCUGGAGAGCCGCUCGUCGAUGGAGAGGCCCCUGGACCCCCGGCAGCUCAAGGCGCUGGACCCCCGGAUCAAGCGCGCCGGGAGCCUGGACUCCAAGCCGUCCCUGCAGAAGGAGGGCCCCGCCCCCGGGGGAGGGGCCGCCAUCGUGGACCCCCGGCUGCAGCGGGCCGGCACCGGGGUGUCGCCGGGCUCCGCCCCCGCCACCGCCGCCGCCGCCGCCCGGUCGAAACCCGAAGCGGAGAAGCUGCCCCCCUACGCCCCGCGCCUGGCCUCCUCCACCAGCGGGGGGCUGGAGAGCCCCACCGCCCUGCUGGGGGGCAUCAGCCUGUACGACCCCCGCCAGCCCAGCACCGAGCACGGCCACAAGGAGCCGCCGGAGGCCCCGAGGAAGACGGGGAUCCUCAAACACCACGCCGUGAGGAAGGACAGCACGCCGUCCGCGAGCACACCGCCCCCACCACCGACACCGCCCCCACCGCCACACUCCUCCUCUUCCUCCUCCUCGUCCUCCUCCUCCUCGCGGUCGCCCACCCAACCCAGAGCCUCGGCGGAGGAGAGCAGGACGGCCGAGCCGCCGUCCAACGGCUCCCCACCCCCGCCCCCCCACCACCACCGCCUCCCGUCUCCGGGGGCCCUCUCCCCCGGGGCCCCGGCGGCGGCGGCGGCGGCCCCGGCCUCCCCGGUCAAGCCGCCCGCCGCCCUUCACAUCCUCCCCGUCCAGACUCUGGCCGUCCUGACCCGACCUCAGUACUCCGACCCCCGCCUGGCCAAGCCGGGGGGUCAGGGGUCAGCGGCCCCACCACCACCACCACCACCACCGGGGGACACGGAGGACAGCAAGGAGGGGCCGGGGAAGAAGAAGGUGGAGGAGGGGGAGGAGGGGAAGGCGGAGGAGGGGGAGGGGGGGGGAGAAGAAGAAGAAGGAGGGGCCACAGGGGGAGGCGGGGGCAGAGGGGGACGACGACCGACACUGAAGGACGUGUUCAAGACCUUUGACCCCACGGCCUCCCCGUUCUGCCAGUAAGGACGGCAGAGGCCCCAGAGAGGAUUGUGCUUAUGUAAAUAUAUAUAUAUGCUUUGUAUAUUGUCGUUCACGCUCACCUGGCGUCCCUUCGAGGAGCUUUACAUAAAUCUAUUUAUUUCUGUAUAAAGCUAUGUGUGUCAAAUGCCACUCUGUAGAAUCGUUUGCUAUCUAUCCAUGAGACACAUUUGUCACACAAUGUACGCAACGUGGUCCAGUGUUGUUUAAAUGUUGGUUUUGUUACAAGCCACUGGGCUGAUGGCUGUAUAUACUGAACUUUGGGUCGAUGGAUAUUUCUAUGGGAUGAAUUCAAAUGAAUUGGCUCAGAUAGUCAAGAGAUAUAGCCCAGCAAGAUAGAGGGUCAAAGUCUGAAUCAGUAACUGCAGUUUUUGACACUUUUGUAUGACUUUUAAUGUUACAGACCUUUAUUGGAUAUUCAGUUUUUGUGAUAUAGAGUAACAGUCCUUUUUGUAGACCAUUCACCGUUUUUUUUACAACGUAUUCUUUGCACAUAUGAAGCAAGUUGUUGUCAAUGGCUGAAGUUUUUGUUGGUUUUGUGUUUUUGUGUUUAAUAAACCAGCAGAUUACUUUUA